AUGAGUAGUCAAGUGUCACGUACGUGGGCUUCUGUUUCCAGAACUGGUAUUUGCCACUCUUCAUUUACAUCACACAAACAGAAGUAUUUGUGGGUUUGUUCGCUGAUACACUCUCGAAUUAUCUUCUUCGCCGUACAGAUUUUGUUAAUUGUUCUGUCAUUUGUCACAUUCGGUUACGCUUCAUUCAUUCCGGUAAAAUCUGUCAAUGAAAAAGGGUGUUGGAUUGUUCUUGCUUACAUCAGCUUGAUUGGGUUCGUUAUCUGAUU